AGUGUAGGGUACUCAUCAAGUGAGUACUCAAAAAGUACUUGCACUAGAAAAUGUCGCGAGAACUCACAAGUAUUCGACAGUAGUACUCAUGCUAAAAUCUGAGUACUCAUCAUGGAAUAGUGGAUGUUUCUUGAGUACUACUAUAUAGUUUUAGUGUACUCUAUUGGUUCAUGUAAAAUACUUAUAAACCUAUAUUCUAUUCGGUAUCAUCGUAUUACAUCGAUUUUAUUUAGAUAUAAAAUUAAAUAACAACAAAUACAGAUAUAGAACAUGAAUAUGAGAACUAUAGCUAUUACUUUAUCUUUAGAUUUUUUUUUAAAGAAAUAAUAGAGUUAUAGAAAUGGUCAUCGUUAGAGAUAAAAGUAAAAUAUUUCUUUAUUUUUAUAAAAUCAAAAAUAAGAUUUUAUUUACUUGUUUAAAAAAUAAAAUAAAAAAAAUAAAAUUUUAAAACCAAAUAAAUUUAUUUUUAAAGAAAAUAUUCAUUGAACAAGAAAUCGUACAGCUUUAUGAUCACUAAUUUCGUAUGAUGAGCAAUCAUUUCUGUUCUACAAUUCCAUAUUUGUUAUGCAGUUUUUUUAAACGAUAGAUUUUCAUAUGUUUUAGAAUUUUAUUCUUUUCUUUGAUGUUGUGAAAAAAGUCAGAUAAACGUUUUAAAAUUCACAACUAAUUAUCUAAUCUCUAAGUAAUUUAUAAAAAAAAAAUGUGAAAAAUAAAAUUAUUUAUCUAUAGUAUUAAUCAGAUAUAUUCCUGAUUUUAAAUCACAGUCGACUUGUAAGAAGAGUUCUUAGUCCAUUUUAUUUCAUUUCAUUUUAUAAUUAAUCGAAAAAAUUGUAUUUUAAUGCAGAAUUUUUAUCUAAAUUUAUAAAAUUAAAUUUUAACGAAUCUCUAUUAACACAUUUAAACAAAUAUUCGACCUUACCUGAUAAAUGAACAUUUUAAAAUGAAAAUUCAUUUAUCUUUUCUUUUUCUUUAAGUUACCAUUCAAUAAAAUCUUAUAAAUAGCUCAUCAGCGAAGAAUAAUGUACAAACUAGAUAAGUCGUUAAAAUAGUUUCUUUCUAUUUUCCAUUCUAUUACAUCAUUUUUCUUUAUUAUAUAACUUCAAUCUAUUUUUUGUAUAUACAAAGGCAUAAAUGUUUUGCAGAAUAUUCUGCGAAAAUGAAAACCGAACAUAAGUGUUAUAUUGAGUACUCAUGUCAUUGUCCUAUUAGUAAAUUUGUAGAGAAAAAUUCGUCAGAGUACACGAACAAUAUUCAAACAUACAGUAGCCAAAAAAAGUCUCUACUACACCGAAUCUUAGCUAUCAUACGCGCUGGAUGUCUGAAAGUUUGUGCAAAUAUACUCCAUCAUGAAUAUAGAUCAGCAGCAAAAUCACACUACAAUUGCUUUAGUAUAAAGGGAAUUAUGAUGAACUGUAUCCAUUUUUGCUUCUAGGUUUUUAACCUGAAAAAAGAUGUCCACUGGAGUUCUAUCUAUAGUCGUUCUUUAUCCAAAAGAUGAGCUCAUUGGCUACAAGAUUGCUAUCUCUGGAUGUCUCUGAGUCCUCUAUGCAAAUACGAUGAUCAUCGGCAUGCUAUUUCCUUUUAGUACAAGAUGUAGACGACAAUAUUUAACUUUUAGCAAAGCUUCUCUAGAAGUUGGAGUUCACUUCAUUGAACUAUUGCUGAGUUAUAGUUUCCAAAGGACAACAGAUAAUUUUCUUGAGAGCAACGACCAUAGUAAAUUGACAACAAUUCAGUAACACCUAUCAUAAUUCUUUUUGUUAUAUAAACAAUCAAGGUGCCAGUGUACCUCUAAUCUACAUUCUUGAUGUAGUAUGUGCACACAAACUUUUAGAUCUCCAACACAUAUGUCAUUUGAAAUGCGGUGGAGUGGAGACUUUUGUCCAGUACUAUAUAAAAAUUGCUCGCAUACUGGAACGAGUAAUUUGAGUAUUCAUGCUGGCAAGUCAUACUCGCUUGAUGAGUAUUUUCACUAGGGAUGUUAGAUAGUAAUUAUUUAUUAGGAUUUGAAAUUAAAAUGAAUUUGAGUUCACAGAAGAAGUGAUAAUUCAUGAUAAACAUAUUUUGCUAACCAUUUAGAUACAAGAAGUGAGAUUUUAAUUACGGUUUAUAUACUUGAAAAGAAACAUCGAAUUCCAGUGUUGAUAAUCAAUGUCAAAAAAAAAAAAACUUUCUCUAAGCACUAGUUACUCUUGAUAACUCACAGUAAUUUUCAUUAUUAUUUUAGAGAAUGAAUAAAGAUUUGGAGACGGAAUAUUUUAUUUGAUAUUUGAAGUCUAUUAAAACUUCUGUCAGAAUGUUAAAGAAUUGCUAAAAUAUUUAAUCUGUCUUACAUACUUCACAAAUAUCGAAGACUUUAAUCCUGUUUCAAGAUAUUAUGAAAAUGACAUAGGUCAAUUCUUAUUAUGAAGAAUUUAUUUUCUUUCAUAGGUUUUGUGUUUUGGAACUUGUGACGACGAUUAUAGCGAAACUUCUUUACCCACUAACGAUUUUUCCGGUGUAACAGUUUUUCCAUUUUGGGAUGAUCUUUAUGUUUAUUCGAGCACAUCACAAGGAAUCUAUUAUGGAACUGAAGGCAAUGCUCCGAAUCGUGUAUUGAUAUUUGAGUAUUAUAUGAGUCAUUACCAACAGCCUUCUCAAUAUUAUCAGUUCCAAGUCAAGUUCUUCGAGAGUACACCUGGCCUUGUUCAAUUCCAAUAUUUCUAUGCAAGUGAUGGAGGUAUUACUGCCACUGUUGGUGUACAAAAAUCCAGUAGUGGUCCAUAUAUUCAAUAUUCCUAUCAUCAAGCUAAUUCCGUACAAUCGAAUAUGGUUCUCACUUUUAAUACAAAUAUUGGAACAUAUAAUAAUUCAGCUACUGGCUAA